UUAUAUCAGACUUUUAAUAAGGAAAACCGUUUUUUGAUCAGUAUAAAAAAUUGCAUCGUAUGAAAUUCACACUCAAACUAACCAAAAAACAAACAACCCGUGCAAUUUUAUUUCAUUACGCACUUUGCACAUUGGACUUUGUACUGUUUUCCGCUCAUAUUUUACAUAUUAACAUAUCAUCACGUAAUCAAGUAAAUGUUGCGUGCUACACAACAAGUAAAGCAAAGUACGUAAGCAAGUUUGCAACUAUUUGCAAGCAAUAUUAUUAUUAAACCCCACGAGGAGUGAAACUAAAGGUUAACAUACUUUUUGCCAACCAAAAUACAUUACUGGCAUCUUGUUAAACAAGAUUUGGACUCGACUCAAUAACGUUAUAGCGAGACCCACUAUUCAGUCAGUUGGGUGACAAAAAUAAAAGAAACAAACGACUUUUUGACUAUACAUUUUUAAUUCACUUGCGGAAAAAUGCAUCGCUUCCCCAGUUCCAAGUUGGUCUACGCAAUGCAAAAUGCAGUUUGCAGGAAUCAAGUAGUAGUGGUUGCAUCGUCAAGAUUGGCUUCCACUUCUCCUGCAAUCGACGACAAGAUGAAGGCAAAGGCGGAUAAAAUGUCGAAAAAGGCUCCAGAGUCGAAAUCAUUUGCUGUUAACAUGUUCCGAGGGAGUGUCGUUGCAGAACAAGUAUUUCCAUAUCCGGACGACAUCAUGUCGGCUGAACAACGUGAGACGUUAGAAAUGUUGGUGACACCGACGCAAAAGUUUUUCGAGGAGCAGAACGAUCCUGCCAAGAAUGACGAAGCCGCUAAGGUUGCGGAUUCUACGAUGCAAGGAUUAAAAGAAAUGGGAGCAUUUGGUCUUCAAGUUCCAACCGACCUUAGUGGACUCGGCAUGAGUAACACGCAAUACGCCCGAUUAGUCGAGAUUGUUGGAGCGCACGACCUUGGCGUUGGAAUUACCCUUGGGGCACAUCAAUCUAUCGGAUUUAAGGGGAUUUUAUUGUAUGGAAACCCAGAACAAAAGAAAAAGUAUCUUCCUGAUGUCGCUACUGGACGCAAUAUCGCUGCUUUUGCUCUCACCGAACCGAGCAGCGGAAGUGACGCUGGUUCCAUCAAGACACGUGCGGUCCUUUCGCCAGACGGAAAACAUUACGUUCUUAACGGCAACAAGCUAUGGAUCAGCAAUGGCGGAUUUGCCGAGAUUUUCACCGUCUUCGCCCAAACGCCCGUGAAGAAUGAAGCGACUGGAGUAACAAAGGAAAAAGUUACGGCUUUUAUAGUGGAACGGUCGUUUGGUGGAGUUACGAAUGGUCCACCAGAAAAGAAGAUGGGUAUUAAAGCGUCUAACACUGCCGAAGUGCAUUUUGAAGAAACUAAAAUUCCAGUAGAAAAUGUGCUUGGCGGAGUGGGCGAGGGUUUCAAGGUCGCAAUGAACAUCUUGAACAAUGGUCGCUUUGGAAUGGGAGCUGCUUUGUCUGGUACAAUGAGGGCUGCUAUCACCAAAGCUGUGGACUUUGCCACCAAUCGAGUCCAAUUUGGGCGUAAAAUUGACACUUAUGGCGGAGUUCAGGAGAAAAUUGCAAGAAUGGCAAUGCUUCACUACGUCACAGAGUCGAUGGCAUACAUGGUUGCUGGAAACAUGGAUAGAGGGUUUCAAGACUUUCAAAUUGAAGCAGCUAUCAGUAAGAUUUUUGGUUCAGAAGCAGCGUGGCAUGUCGUUGACGAAGCAAUUCAAAUCAUGGGAGGAAUGGGGUUCAUGAAAGAAACGGGAUUAGAACGAGUGUUGAGGGACUUGAGAAUAUUCAGAAUAUUUGAAGGCACCAAUGAUAUUUUGAGACUAUUCGUUGCUUUGACUGGAAUCCAAUUUGCUGGAGCACAUCUUCGUGAGCUGCAAAACGCCAUGAAAAAUCCUACCACGAAUAUGGGACUUAUUUUAGGAGAGGCCACAAAAAGAGCUUUUAAAUCAGUUGGUUUAGCGUCCGUUAGCAAAGAAUUAGUGCCCUACGCCCACUCUAGCUUAUCCGAACCCGCUGGCCUUGCAUCUCAGGCCGUAGCAGACAUUGGAGUAGCAGUAGAAGGAGUGUUAAUCAAGUUUGGAAAGAACAUUAUCGAGGAACAAUUUUAUCUAAAUAGAUUAGCCGAAGCCAUCAUCGACGCUUACUCCAUGGCCGUCGUUUUGUCGAGAGCUUCCAAAUCAAUAGAAAGAAAUCUUCCCUCCGCAGCCCAUGAAACCUUAAUGGCCCAAGUUUGGUGUAACGAAGCUUAUGACAGAGUUCAAAAUAAUUUGGGUGCAAUGUCCGCCCCACGAAGUCAGAAGAAUUUUAAAUCAAUGUCUCAAAUCGCAACUAAUAUUUGCAAAGAGGGUGGAGUAGCACAUCAAAAUCCACUAGGUUUCUAAAUCUCUGAAACCACAAUUUUUGACCGAAUUAGUAUAAAAAUCGUCGAGAGAGCAAGAGCCCCUUGAAUUAGUCUGAUUUGUUACCUGUCCUCGAAACCUUGAUAUGUACAACCAUAUACAUUUUGUACCACAUACACCACUAAAACAAUGAAGACGAUUUGUGCUAUAUUACAACAAUAAUCGUAUAUUUUUGUGUCUUGCCAUUAGCAGAAUUGUAUGCAAAACUGUUCAGCGUACUUAUUAUUACAAGUACUUCCAAAGAUGAGUGUAUUAUCUAAAACCUUCUAAUUUUUACUUUAACGCAUCCCAAUAUUUAUUUUAGCUCUCAUGCAUGUAUUUCAAAAGCAUGAAUUUUAAACAUUAUUUAUAUAGGAUCCAUAUUGUAGUGUAGACGUAAUUAUAUGAUGCGUUUUUUUAAUAAUGUAAUAAAGAAAUCAUUUAUUUUAUGAAAUGCUAA